AUGCGCGGUGUCCGGCUGCCGGCCUGGGCCCCGGGCUUGAGCCCUCGGUCGGUUUUGAGACCGCAGAGUGCUGUGCUCCGAGACCUGUUUCCCCAGUCAAUUCGAUCAUCCAUACAAUCUGUCGGCAUCUCUCAUACCCACCGACCCUAUUCGACCCCUUCCGAAGCUUCUCGCGACAGGUCCGGUGCUCUUCUCCGGUCGCCCGAGGCUCCCCUGCUGGUUAACCAAAAUGGCCUCCAAUAUACCCCGUCAAUGACCCGCAUGAUUUCACAAACUCGUCCAUUCUGUUCUACCUCUCAGCUCCUCCAAGCAAAGCCGCCUGCGCCCUCCGAAUCCACUGCUUCCCCAGCCCGCUCUGUUCCGGAAAAGGAAGAAGAGUACACGGAGAAAGGAUUCGAGCUUUCGGAGCGAGCUGCACAAGCUGCACAGGUCAAUUUGAGCGCGAGACUGGCCAAAGAAGGGGGAAAGAAGUCGAGCUUUUCCGAGAUUUGGCGGCUGUUAAAGGUUGCACAGCCCGAAUCUAGAAAGCUCGGGCUUGCAUUCUUCUUUUUGCUGAUCUCGUCGGGUAUUACAAUGUCGAUUCCCUUGUCGAUUGGAAAGAUCAUGGACACGGCUACCAAGAGUGUGACAGAGGGCGGCGGUGAACUAUUUGGUUUGAGCCUUCCGAUGUUUUACAGCGCCCUCGCCGGUGUUCUGGUUAUUGGUGCCGCCGCCAACUAUGGUCGUAUCAUCAUCCUUCGCAUCGUUGGUGAACGUAUUGUCUCUAGACUUCGUUCUAAGCUCUUCCGUCAAACCUUCAUUCAGGACGCCGAGUUCUUUGACGCGAACCGCGUCGGUGACCUUAUUUCUCGAUUGGGCUCUGAUACCAUCAUCGUGGGUAAGAGUAUUACGCAGAACUUGUCCGAUGGAUUACGUGCCGCUGUUAGUGGUGUAGCCGGCUUCAGUCUUAUGGCUUACACCAGUGUGAAGCUGUCCAGUAUUCUGUUCUUGCUGCUUCCACCCAUCGGUCUAGGUGCACUCUUCUAUGGUCGAGCCAUCCGGAACCUCAGUCGUCAGAUGCAGAAGAACCUGGGUACAUUAACCAAAAUCGCCGAAGAGCGCUUGGGCAACGUCAAGACGAGCCAGUCUUUUGCAGGCGAGAUUAUUGAGGUGAACCGAUACAACAAACAAGUUCGCAAGAUAUUCGAUACCGGCAAGCGCGAAUCUCUGAUCAGUGCGGCUUUCUUCAGCUCGACUGGACUUAUGGGCAACAUGACGGUUCUGUGUCUUCUCUACGUUGGAGGCGGCAUGGUUCAAUCAGGAGCCAUCAGCAUCGGAGAGUUGACUUCUUUCUUGAUGUAUACAGCAUACGCUGGCUCCAGCAUGAUUGGUCUUUCCAGUUUCUAUUCUGAGCUCAUGAAAGGUGUUGGCGCUGCCAGUCGUCUUUUCGAACUGCAGGAUCGACACCCAACCAUCCACCCGACCAAGGGCAGGAGAGUAGAGUCUGCACGUGGACCUAUUCGGUUCGAGAAUGUCACCUUCAGCUAUCCUACUCGCCCUGCGGUAACCAUCUUCAAGAAUCUGGACUUUGAGAUCCCACAGGGAACUAAUGUCGCUAUCGUCGGACCUUCCGGAGGUGGCAAGUCAACUAUCGCCUCUAUCCUCCUCCGCUUCUACAGCCCUACUGCUGGUAGAGUUUUGAUCAACGGAACGGACAUUAGUGGCAUGAACGCCAAAUCCCUCCGAAGAAAGGUUGGCGUUGUUUCCCAAGAACCUGUGCUAUUCUCCGGUAGCAUUGCAGACAACAUUUCCUAUGGCUUGCCAGAUGCAAGUCGAUCAGAGAUCAUUGCAGCGGCCCGCAAAGCCAACUGCCAGUUUAUCAGUGAUUUCCCCGAUGGUCUCGAUACCCAUGUUGGAGCUCGUGGUGCACAAUUGUCCGGUGGACAGAAGCAGCGCAUUGCUAUUGCCCGUGCGCUGAUUAAGAACCCUGAUAUUCUGAUUCUUGACGAGGCUACAUCAGCGCUUGAUGCCGAAUCGGAAACCCUGGUCAACGGUGCAUUGGCUGCUUUGUUACAGGGUAACAACACCACAAUCAGCAUUGCCCAUCGUCUGUCCACAAUCAAACGCUCUGACACCAUCAUUGUCCUUGGACCUGAUGGCACUGUCGCUGAACAAGGCUCAUACACCGAGCUUAGUGCUCGCCCAGAUGGAGCUUUCAGCAAGCUUAUGGAGUGGCAAAUGAGCGGCGGAGAAGCUACUCAGCCCCCCAAACGGGCGGUGGAACCCGAAGAGCUUUGGGAACUCCAGAAGGAAUCGGAGGCGGAUCCAGAGGUUCCGGAUGAGGAGACUGUUGAACAGCCAUCUAAUAAGAAGGAGUAA